AUGCCCGACAAAACUUUAUUACUGGAGGAGGUGAAUGUGCUCAUAAAUGGAACAGUUUCUUCACCACAUAUUGACUACUACAAACAUCUCGACUAUGUCGUUAAACAAGCAAUUGCUGGAGAUCAAGUUGUCUAUAGGAUGGCUAUCCGAAACAAUAUACUGUGGCAGUGGGAAAGUUUAAAGGACCCCGAGAAAAACUACAUUGACUUGCUUAACGAUAUUAUACCAGGAACUGUUGUAAGAAUUAAAAGAGAUUCGAAACGAGUAAAAGAACGCUUACGCGUUACCAUCAGUCGUGUAACAGGAAGCAUAAGGAAAAAAAACAGAUCCGGCUCAGAAAAGCAGAGAAAUGAAAUUUUAAACGGCUGGACAAACCUCAGCAUUUUGGCUGGUGACAUAAUGAAUCCUGGUGAGAUGGAAGAAGAAAUAAAGAGACUUGAAGCAAAAGCCGCAGAUUUAAUGGAAAGGUUGCAGACGUGUAAUGUUGCAGUUGAGGAAUGGAGAAAGAAGUAUGAAAAUCUUGAAGGCGAAAAGAAAAAGGUUUUCGAGGAACUGACAGCGGAAAUCCUCAACAGCCAGGACAAGAAGAAAAUUUCUAAUCUAGAAGCCGAAAACGAAGAAAUAAAAAAAUAUAUAAGAAAAUUAGAGAAAGAGCAAAGGGAUGACGUCAAUGAAAUACAAAAGUUCACUAAGGAAAUGACAACACUCUCUAAACGACAGGCAACUCGGAGGGUAGAAUCUCUCUCAAGCAGAGCUCAGAAAGCAUUAUGGUUUAGCAAACAGUAUGGUUUGGAACUUGAUGCUUUGUGCUUCAAAGACACAGAGGGAAACCAAUAUCCAUUAAAGAUUCCAUCUUCCAAUAGCACAUCACCUGCCCCUCCCAAUUCACCACAACAAACUCCUGGUUCUACCCCUUCUACCUCAUCACAAACUCCUCCCUCUACCCCUUCUACCUCAUCACAAACCCCUGGUCCUGCUCCAUCCACACCACCGCAAGCCCCUGGUUCUCCCGCAUCUACUCGUUCACAAGCCCCUGGUCUUAUGACACCUACCCUGCAACAAGUCCCUGGUUCUACCCACUCCACCCCAACCGGAACCCCUGGUGCUGCCCCACCUACACCACCACAAACCCCAAUUGGUGUGCCACCUGCCAAUGGGUCAUCUUGCCAAGCCACAGUGACUCCAUUAAAUGGGACACCACCAUUGGGCAAUCAGACCACAACACAAUGCAAACGGGUGCAAUACGAUAGUUUGUCAGACAGUGAAAAGGAGAGAGUGGAAGCAGUACUGUUCCUUAUGGAUAAGUUUGCUGUAGGUGAUCCAUUUGUACAUGAGUUGAGCAUGCUGAUAAAUGGGAUGCCAAGGUCAUACCUUAUUAAGCAGUGCCGAGACAACCUUAAUAGCAGUUGCAUUGUAAAGCCAACCAGUGGACCAGAGCCAGGUGCUCAAAUUUCUUUCAAAGAAUCCCUUAUCAGCAAGCUGAACUCUCUUGUAAGUACAUAUCAUUUGCUUCAAAAGAAUGCUAUUCAUUUCUGUUUUUUUUCCUUGAAACAAGCAUAAAAUAAUACAAAAAUAAAUUGCAAACAUUCCCUUAAUUGACAGGCAGAAAAGGGGAAACUGUCUACUGACAAACCAGUCAGAGUAAAAAUCAGUGGUGAUGGAGCCCGCAUGACAAGAUUGACCAACUUUGUCAUACUCAGUUACAGUCUGCUUGAUGAUGAUGAUAAUCUGUUUACUGCUAGAGGUAAGAAACCUUGUUUUAGCUGGUUUUUGCCAUGCAAACAGCACCUUUUUACUGUUUUUUUUUUGUGUCAUAUCCACACCACACUUCUUUUCUGUUAUGUUAUUAUCUUCUAUGAUAAAAACUAUUAUAAUAAUACUUUAUACUCCAUCAUUUAGGUACCAACACUAUUGCCAUAAUGAGUGGGUCUGAAUGCUACGCAUCCAUCAAGGCAAAUUUCAAAGAUUCUUGGGAUGAAAUAAAUAAAAUGAUAGCUGGUGGUAAAGUCUCAAUAAACCAUGGACAAGAAGUACCUGUUGAAAUCUAUCUUGGUGGGGACUACAAGGUUAGAUGUGAAGCUGUUAGAUGGAAGAAGAACUAAAUACAGAUUGCAGUUUUUAGCUACCCCUUUAUCAUAAUAUUUGAUACUUAUAUUGCCCUUAUUUUGAAUAAUCAAAAAAACAUUACAGUUAGCAUAUUAAAAACUACCGACUAGCCUUAAACGUUAAAACCUAAAAUCAUAACAUAAUUUUAAAAAGUAAAAAGUUUAAGCAUUAAAUCUAACAGAAGGCCUCAGAAAAUAAAAAAGUCGUGACUGGACACUUAAAAGUGUUACCAUUCUCUUUUCAGGCAAAUUACCAGAAUAGCCAUGCCUUGGUACCCAUAGAAGGAGGUCACUCAUUACUUCAUUCUUAAUUUGUUUUAUUUCUUUAGUUUCUGUUGUUAGCUAGUGGCCGGUCAGCAGCAACCUCCAACUAUGCUUGUUUAUGGUGCAAGAUCCACAAAGAUCAAAGGUAAAGUUACAGUAAUUUUUGAAUUAAUUAUCAAAACAAGUAAUCAUAAAGGUCAAUACAAAGCAGAAUUCUAUUCCAAGUAUAAAAUACAACCCUGUUCAUGCAAAGAAAAGAGGAGGAACUACCAUUUCUUUUUCAGAUGGGACAUGUCCAAGCCAGGAGACUUUUACAGCAAACCCCCCAUGGCAUUCACCUUGGCAGAUGUAAAAAAACAUGCUACUUCAUCUGAGUUCUGCUGCAUUAACCAGCCUCUCUUAAACAUACCUCUCCAUCACAUUGUCCUUGAUGAGCUUCAUCUCCUUCUUCGAAUCACUGAUGUUCUGCUAGCCAAUCUAAUUGAAGAUGCCAUGGAGUGGGAUGACCGAGAAGAUUUUUUAAAGAGGAGAGGGGAGACCAAAGGCGUUCACUUAAGAAAUCUGACACAAGUGAUAAACAGCUGUGGCGUAACAUUUUCAGUGUGGGAGAAGAAGGAUGGUGAUGGAAAGGGGACAGGUAAAAUGGACUGGACCUCGCUGAUGGGAGAUGAAAGAAAAAAACUACUCAAAAAUCUUCCUGCAAAAUUAGAGGCCUCACAGGAUUCCAUCAAUCAUGAUACUGCUGAGACGGUUAUUAAAAUAUGGAAGGUACUUUUCUAAACCCUAUGUGGAUAUCUUAAUAUACCGGUGUACAAACAUAUGGUAGUCGAGAUUUUAUUGAAAACUUGCAAUUUUCUUAAACUGUUCAAUCCUCAGCUCAUUCAAGUUCUAACAUUUUAUCCACUUUCCUCCAAGGACUUUUCAGAUAUUUAUUUCAACACAGUAUCAUCACUAUUGCCAGAGCGAAGAGAACAAUGUGGAGCAAAGGUAGAGUAGGUCCUAUAUGCAACAUUUAAGGCAAUGUUUGACUUAUUAUUUGACAGGGUUUUCGAAACAGAUUGUUUCCUAAAUGCUAUAUUCCCAAGAAAAGCAUAACCUUUCCUUAUUCUACAGAUACGAGAAUGGGUCAGACUUUUUCUGUCUAUUGCAAAUUCCCGUAAGGGAUAUGCAAACAAGAAUGUGACACCUUACAUGCAUGCUGCUGCAUACCACUUGCAAGAUACCAUUGACAGAUUUGGUAGUGUAAAGUACUUCAGUGGCCAAGGUACUGUCAGAGUUACUGGUUACUUUCACUUAUAACAAACUAAAUGUAUGCCCAAAGUUGUCCUGUGUAUUGCUACCAUGCACACCAAUGACAACAUAUUCAGACAAAUCAGCAAUAGCAAAUAAAAUUAAAAUAUACUUUUUAAUAAAAAAAUUAAUUAUUACAUUUCUGAAAUAACAAAACCAAUCUAAAAUCAUUUUAUGAAACAAAUCUCUGUAAGGGCUUCUCACGAAAGCAAUUCAAAUACUGUAAUACCAAUAAACUAAACUCAACUGAUUUGCCUUUACACAGGAGUAGAAAAAAAUAAUGAUGUGGCAAGAGCAAUUGUCCUUCACAAAUCAAGAAACUGGGAUAGCCCAGCAGAUGUCAUCAGAGCAGAGCACCGCCUUACACAGUUGAGCAACAGAGAGAGGAGAAAAAGAAAGUACAACAAACAAAAUGAGGAGUUCUGGAACAGUGGAAAAAAAGAAUUGAUGUCUAAAACAAAAAGACAGUGUGUCAGUUCCCAACAACUGCAAGAAAAUGAAAGCACUCCACUCAAUAGCAAUGACAGCUGCAGUGAAAUUACCUCAACAGUUAAUUCACAAAAUUCUAACGGGAAUUUGAACAACAGUAAGAGAAAGCAUACAACCACAAAAAGGAAACCUAGUGCUCCUUCUAAAAAGGUUAAAAAGAACAAAAAACAGAAAAAGAAUUAG